AUGGCUAAAGGGAGUGUUCAGCUCCGGAGUGGUACAUCUCUGGCUGGGAACGAUCAGGUCCGUGCAGCUCCGGAGGUGCACGUCUUUGGCCGUGUCUCUAACAAGGAUACAGUACGAGUAGUGUCUGAUGUUGAGGAUGAUGUAUUGCUUGUGGUGUAUCUUAUGUUUGGAUAUUGGCAGGUGUUGAGCUUCACAAGUGACAAGAGUGGUGAACGAAGACAAUCACGUAAGAGGUUGACUGUCACGGCCGUCGAGCAAUUACUUCCUAAUAGACCGACGGUCGACGAACCUCGGCUAACUUCACGCUUCUGA